AUGAAGCUGACCACGCAGGCCUACUGCAAAAUGGUGCUGCACGGCGCCAAGUACCCGCACUGCGCCGUGAACGGGCUGCUGGUGGCCGAGCGGCCGGCGGGCGCCCCGCGCCGCGACCAGGCCGGGCCCCCCUCGCUCUUCGUCGACUGCAUCCCGCUCUUCCACGGCACCCUGGCCCUGGCGCCCAUGCUGGAGGUGGCCCUCACCCUGAUUGACUCUUGGUGCAAAGAGAAUAGCUACGUGAUAGCUGGAUAUUACCAGGCAAAUGAACGUGUGAAAGAUGCCAGUCCAAACCAAGUUGCGGAAAAGGUGGCCUCCAGAAUUGCAGAGGGCUUUAACGAUACAGCGCUCAUAAUGGUUGAUAACACCAAGUUUACGAUGGAGUGCGUAGAGCCUGCCAUUCAUGUGUAUGAGCUUCAUGAGAACAAGUGGAGGUGCAAGGACCCGCACGUUGAUUUUUGUGAAGAUUGGACCGAAGCCCAGAGGAUCGCUGCAUCUCUCUUGGACAGCAAGUCCUACGAGGCGCUUGUAGAUUUUGAUAAUCACCUGGAUGAUAUCCGGAACGACUGGACAAACCCAGAGAUCAACAAAGCUGUCCUCCACCUGUGUUAGAGGGGUUUCUACUGACUAAUUUACGGGCAUUCCCACUAUGUACUGAAGAGAGAAAAAUGCUAUUUUUGAAUGUAAAUAGGAUAAUAUCCAGUACCUUGUGUGGAAACCCGACUGAUUAAAAAGGAGUGGCAUGUCACAUUGCAGAGUGAUGGGUCCGUAAGCCAUUGAAUCUUUUUUGUGAGAUUCCUUGGAAGAACUGCAAACUGUCAGUUACAGCUGUCCUCGUGGACGCCUUCCCAGUUGUAGUGAAUGUUGCUGUUCCUUCGAAACCAGAACUACUUCUGCUUGUCCUUACUGUUCAUAUUACAAAGUUUUGACUAAGCUUUUCUAAUCUUUAGAGAGGUUGCUUUUUAAUGAUUUAUGGAAAUGCCUUUCAAAAAAAUCAGUCUUGUCCUCAGAUGAGAAGUUUUAAGGUCAAGUACAUAAAAUGUAAGGUUAACGGUUUCUUUUGGCCUGGUUUGGAAAUGUAAUUCUGUCGGCACAGUAAAAUGUGAACUGCUGAGGACAAUGUACCAUGCUCAUGUGUCACCUGUUUUGCAGUGGUUUAGCAUGACACAGCUACAGAGAACGUGUUAAAGCAGUAUUCCCAAAUGCUACGGUGAUUCCUGCUCUCCGUGGGCAUACAACCACAGUUAUUGCUUGAAUAUGUUAAACCCAAGGUAAAAAAACAUAUUCACCUAAUGAUUUGUAAAAAGGACUGGAAGCACACUAGUGAGUUUGAAUGACAGUUCUAAAACAGUUUGAGUCUGCAAAAGAAGAGUGAGAUACCUUAUUAAUUUUAUGCACUCUUUUGGGGUUUUAUAAACAGAUCUCAUUUUCAACUGGUUCAUAUGGUGUCCAUUUAAGUAGGUCUAAAAUGUAUCCCUCGAAGUUGAAGGCAAGCGAUCUGAAACUACAUCGAAUCAAGGAGCCUAGAUGUAGUCUAGUUCAGCUUCUGUCUGUCUUCCAAUUAAUGUUUGUUUCUAAGAAUAAGUUUACCGGACAGUGAAGCUUUAUAUCGGACUAGUACGGUUCUUUGUAAGUCUUGUUGCCUUACCAGCUCAUGGUUGUUUGUCAAACUGUAGUUAAACGUAACCUCAACCUGCGACAGUUUCUCUAGAUUUCCUUCUCUUCCUACCCCAAAAUGUUUUUACAAGGAAGAUCCAAAU